GGCGUAAACUGAGGAAAUCAGAUCACAAAGCCGAUCUGUCUUCCCGUAUAACGUAAGACUGACAACUCAAACUUCGCUUUUAGCUGUUCAGGAAAGAGAAAAAGUGGUCCUGUUGCUCUUGAUUUGAACUUCAAAAUCCAGCUUAAAAGGAAACAGAUUUGUCACUGCUUGCCCCCCGUAUGGUAUAUACUUGACGUGCAAAUACCAAGACCGAGAAAGUUUGAGAGAGAUAGAGAAAAGGGGGAGAAGAAAAUGGAGGAGGAUCAUAAUAGUAGAGAAGGGAAUGGAUUUGAGAUAGAAGAUGAUGAGAAGGAACACAGCGUGUCAAUGUUGAGAGAGCCAUUUCUUGUUAGGAAUAUAAAGAAUAAUACUUCACAGAUUGCCAUUGUUGGUGUCAACACCUGCCCAAUUGAAAGCCUUGAUUACGAGAUUACUGAUAAUGAACUUUUCAAACAAGACUGGAGGUCUCGAAAGAAGGUUGAGAUAUAUCAGUAUGUUGUCCUCAAGUGGACACUUGCUCUCCUCAUUGGGUUAGGUACAGGGCUUGUCGGCUUUUUCAAUAACCUUGCUGUUGAAAACAUAGCUGGUUUCAAACUUCUGUUGACAAACAAUCUCAUGCUUGAGAACAAGUACUAUCAGGCAUUUGCAACUUAUGCUGGUUGCAACGUGGUUUUGGCUAUUGCUGCUGCAGCCCUCUGUGCUUACGUUGCUCCUGCAGCAGCAGGCUCUGGUAUACCAGAGGUUAAAGCAUACCUCAAUGGUGUAGAUGCUCCUUCUAUUUUGGCUCCUGCUACCCUCUUUGUAAAGAUUUUCGGGUCCAUAUUUGGAGUUGCUGCUGGAUUUGUUGUUGGUAAAGAAGGACCCAUGGUACAUACUGGUGCUUGCAUAGCCUCCUUACUUGGACAGGGUGGUUCUCGCAAGUAUCAUUUGACAUGGAAAUGGUUGAGAUACUUCAAAAAUGAUCGAGACCGGCGAGAUUUGGUUACAUGUGGUUCUGCUGCUGGUGUAGCAGCUGCCUUCCGUGCUCCUGUUGGCGGGGUCUUAUUUGCCCUUGAAGAAGCUGCUUCCUGGUGGAGAAGUGCCCUUCUUUGGAGGACCUUCUUUACGACAGCUGUAGUAGCAGUCGUAUUGAGAGGUCUCAUAGAUUUUUGCCGAUCUGGAAAAUGUGGGCUAUUUGGAGAAGGAGGUCUGAUCAUGUUUGAUGUAAAUUCUGGAAAAGCCUUUUACAGCACCCCAGAUCUACUAGCAGUUGUGUUCCUCGGGGUGAUAGGAGGUGUUUUUGGAAGCCUUUACAACUACUGUGUCGACAAGGUUCUUCGCACGUACAGCCUCAUCAAUGAGAGGGGUCCUUCGUUUAAGAUCCUGCUUGUUAUUGUCAUUUCUCUAUUGACCUCUUGCUGCUCCUAUGGUCUCCCAUGGCUUUCGAAGUGCAUUCCCUGUCCCCCUCACCUGGCCGAGAAAUGCCCAACUGAAGGUCGCUCUGGCAACUUCAAGAAUUUCCAGUGUCCACCAAACCACUACAACGACCUCGCUUCCCUCGUUUUCAACACCAAUGAUGAUGCCAUCCGCAACCUAUUCACUUCCGGUAGUGAAAAGGAAUUUCACCUCUCCACCCUUAUGGUUUUCUUCUUUGCUAUUUAUUGCCUUGGCAUUGUUACUUAUGGCAUUGCUGUUCCCGCUGGGCUCUUCAUCCCCGUCAUUCUUGCUGGGGCCUCUUAUGGGCGUCUUAUUGGAACAAUGCUUGGCCCUCUGUCUAAUCUUGAUGCGGGUCUCUGUGCCCUCCUUGGAGCUGCCUCCUUCCUUGGUGGCACCAUGAGAAUGACAGUUUCUCUCUGUGUCAUACUUCUUGAACUUACUAAUGAUCUGCUUAUGCUUCCGCUAAUGAUGCUAGUGCUCCUCAUUUCAAAAACAGUGGCUGAUAGUUUCAACGAGGGUAUUUAUGAUCAAAUGGUGAAAAUGAAAGGAUUUCCGUACAUGGAAGCCCAUGCAGAACCAUACAUGAGACAUCUUGUUGCAAGUGAUGUUGUUUCUGGUCCAUUAGUUUCAUUCUCUGGGAUUGAAAAAGUAGGGAACCUGUUGCAUGCUUUGAAAGUAACAGGGCAUAAUGGAUUCCCUGUGAUUGAUGAGCCGCCUUGUUCAGAUGCUCCAGAAUUGUGUGGACUUGUCUUGAGGUCUCAUCUGCUUGUGUUGCUAAGAGGAAAGAAGUUUACAAAGCAGAGAGUAAAGACGGGAUCAGGAAUCAUGAAGAGUUUCAAGGCACAUGACUUUGCAAAGGCUGGAUCAGGCAAGGGGGUGAAGCUGGAGGAUUUGGAGAUCACAGAGGAGGAGAUGGAGAUGUACGUUGAUCUCCAUCCCAUUACUAACACAUCUCCAUACACCGUGGUUGAAACAAUGUCUCUAGCUAAAGCUGCUGUUCUCUUUCGCGAACUUGGCCUGAGACACUUGUGUGUGGUGCCGAAGACACCAGGGAGGCCUCCUAUUGUCGGAAUCCUGACUCGGCAUGACUUCACACCGGAUCAUAUACUGGGGCUUUACCCAUAUAUUAAAACUCACAAGUAGGUGAGCAAGCUAUGUAAUCCUUGCUGCCCCAAAGGACUCGUUCUUAUGGAGCUGUUAGCUCCCCCUUGCCAUUGUCAAACAAGGGAAGAAACAAAGUAGGUUACAAAGGAUUCAUCGGGGCUCAGAUUUUACUAUAAUGUAACUAUGAAAGCAGUAAAAUGAAAACUGUUUCUCCCGGAAUAAGAUUUUAUGCGAUAUUUUGAAGCCCA